UGCCUGCGCCGCCUGGCCCGCCGCCUCUCGGUGCGGAAGGAGCCCCGGCUGGCCGAGCCCUGCAGGCAGGAGGGCAACCGGCGAUUCCGGGCCGGGGAGCACCGGGCGGCCGCCGCGCUCUACUCCCGGGCCUUGUCCCAUACGGAGGCUGGCAGCCCAGAAAUGGCCAUCUGUUACGCCAAUCGCUCUGCGGCCCUUUUCCAUCUUGGUCAGUUUGAGGUCUGCCUGGAGGACAUUGGACGGGCGCAGCAGGCGGGGAGCUGCCCGGAAAAGCUGCUGCCCAAGAUCCAGCUGCGCAGGGCCGAGUGUCUGCUGUCUUUGGGCCGGCUGCAGGAAGCGGCAGGUGCCCUCCGCAGUGUGCAGGAGAGCCUCUCCGCGGACCAUAGGCCAGAGGCUGCCCGUCAUCGGAUGCUGCUGGGCCGGCUGGAUCAGCUGAAGGGCAGAGCCGGUGAGAGCGGGACCUCCCUUUGCCCGCCUGCUGUGCCUGGCCAGGCUCCACAGGACCCGGAGCCCUGGGAGGAGAGCGGCCGCAUCUCUGGCGCCUCAGUGGCCGUGAGACUGGGCUUUUCCAGCUGCAAAGGGCGCCAUUUAGUUGCCGCUGAGGAUCUUCCUCCUGGGAAGCUGUUAGUGAGGGAAGCGGCCUUCGCCAGUGUCCUCUGUCCCGGGCAGAGCCUCUUGCUGGGAGGGACCACCCAGGCCCUGCAGGACAGCCAGCUGGACAACCCGGACCUCCACUGCCACCAUUGCCUGCGCCCGCUACUGGCCUCCGUGCCCUGCCGAGGGUGCAGCUACAGCAGGUACUGUAGCCCUGCCUGUGCCCAGCUGGCAUGGAGUAGUUAUCACUGGGCAGAAUGUGCCCUCGGGGGGCUGCUGCUGGCACUGGGCGUCUUCUGCCACGUGGCCUUCCGGACCGUGCUGGUGGCCGGCUUUGCCCAAGUGAAGGCCUUGGUCGCCCAGUCGCAGGAGGGGGACACCCCGGCCGUGGCAGCGGCUGCAGAGAAGGACGCCUUGCCCAUUCCUGGCUGUGAGGCCGACGGACGGUACAGCGGCUCCUACCAGGCCAUCUUCAGCCUUCUGCCACACACGGAGCGGCACAGCCCCAGCCUCAGGUUCCUCUGUGGGCUGAGCGUAGCAGCUUUGUGCCAGGCGCUGGAGGAUGCCGGCCUGGAAGCCUGGAUUGCAGGGGGGGCCAUGAGGGAAGAGCCGGGGGCCGUGGAGAAGGAGGAGGGCCCCACUGCGCUGGAAGUCUUGGGGGAGGCCAUGCUGCGUCACGUCCUGCAGCUGCAGUGCAACGGCCAGGCUGUGACCACCGUGCGCCCAUCAGGGCCAGAAGACGGGCUGGUGGCCGGCAGUGGGCAGGUGCGCUUGGCCACGGGCUUCUUCCCAGCUCUCAGCCUGCUGAACCACUCCUGCGACCCCAACACCAGUGUGGCCUUCACUGGCUGCACAGUGGAAGUCAGGGCCCUGCGCCCCAUUCCUCGUGGGCAGGAGCUGCUCCACUGCUACGGGCCCCACAGGUGCCGAAUGGGGGUUACCGAGAGGCGCAGGCGGCUCAUGGAGCAGUACUUCUUUGAGUGCCACUGCCAGGCCUGCUUGGAGGAGCUGCAGCCCAGUGACGCCCCCGAGGCCAGCCUCUUCCACUGUCUGGCCUGCCAGAGGCCCAUGCAGGGGAGAGGCAUCCUCCGCUGCUCAGGUGAGACCUGCGACCACCUGGUCCCCGAGGAGGACUUCCACUACCGGCUGCUUCGUCUUCAGCACUUGACCCAGUCAGCCGAGGAGCUCCUGGAGCACGGCAAGCCAGGUCAGGCCCUGGAGCUGCUGCAGAAAUGCCGGCUGGAUGCUGAGAGCUUCCUGUCUCCAGCGCACCUGAGGAUGGGCGAGAUUGAGGACCGCCUGGCCCAGGUGCACGCGGCAACAGGGAGGUGGCAGGAAGCGGCCGGGCACCUGCACAGGAGCAUCCACGCCGUGGAGGCCCAUUUUGGCCCCGCCAGCAUUGAAGCCGGCCAGGAACUCUUCAAACUGGCCCAGGUCCUCUUCAACGGGUGA